CUCCGUCUUCCUGGUUUUUGCGGAGGUUUUUUUUUUUUUGUUUCGGUUUUUUGUCUCCGUCUCUUUUUAAAGUCGUUACUUUCGUCGCCAGGACCCGGUUUUGCGCACUUUUAUGACGAAACGUGUUUCUCACGUGAAGUUUCCGUCCAAACCGUCGUUCGCAGUUUUUAAAUCUGAUGUUCGGAGACUUUAUUUUGAAAGCAGCGUCCAAACAGCCAAACAUGUCGAGACGCGAACUCACGGUUUUAUCGCUUCUUGCGGUUCUCGCGGUUUUCGUCAGGGUCAUGGGAGCAGCUCGAUCUUCGCCCGCGAACACGGAGCAGCAGGACUUCGACUCUCUCCGGUCCGUGCUGGACCACUUUGACGUGUUGUCUCUGUCCAGCCUGAGGACUCACUCCGUCCGUCGCCGCGACGUCCAGACUCAGAGUCACGUGGAGAAGACGCUGAGCUUCGUCGCCCUGCAGAGGCACUUCAGACUGUACCUGAGGACCAACAACGAACUGUUCUCUGACAACUUCAGUGCUGUGGUCGUGGACGAGGACGGUCGAGAGCACAGCUACCCGGUCAACAGACACAACUACUUCACUGGACACGUCAUCGGGGAAGAGAACUCCCGGGUUCAGGCUCACAUCGACGACCACGAGUUCUCAGCGCACAUCCUGACCGACGAGGCCGAGUACAACAUCGAGCCUCUGUGGAGGUUCACGUCGGCGCCCCCCGAUGGUCGUCUGCUGGUGUACCGUUCAGAAGACAUCAGAAACCUCAGCAGACUGCACCAGCCUUCAGUCUGUGGCUACAUGACCUCUGACCCCGGCCACCUCCUCCCCGACGGCGUCAGGACGGCCAUGUUUGAAGAGCACGAGGAAGACGAGUCCGUGUCCAGAGCCAAACGUCACGUCUACGACCACAGGAAGAACACGUGUCCUCUGCUGCUCGUGGCCGACCAUCGCUUCUUCAAACACAUGGGCAGAGAGGAGGAGAGCACCACCCUCAACUACCUGAUCGAGCUGAUCGAUCGCGUGGACGACAUCUACAGAAACACGUCAUGGGACGAAGAGUUUGUAGGUUAUGGCGUCCAGAUCCAGCAGAUCAUCAUCGAGAAAGGUCCGACGUCAGUGGCUCUAGGAAAAAGUCACUUCAACAUGAGGGGAAGUCCAGGAGACAAUCGAGAAGUGUGGGACGUGAAGAAACUGCUGGAACAGUUCAGCGUGGACAUCGCAGAGAAGGCGUCCAACGUGUGUCUCGCUCACCUCUUCACCUACCAGGACUUUGACGAAGGGACUCUGGGUCUGGCCUACGUCGCUCCGUCCAAACCCGACAUCCCUGGAGGUCUCUGCUCCAAAGUUUGUCCUUCGUCAACAAAUGAAUUGAGACCGAUUUACCUGAACACGGGUCUGACCAGCACUAAGAAUUAUGGGAAAACCAUCCUGACCAAGGAAGCCGACCUGGUAACGACCCACGAGCUAGGACACAACUUCGGAGCGGAGCACGACCCCGACAACAUCCCGUACUGCGCUCCCCGUGAAGACCAGGGCGGGAAGUUCGUCAUGUACCCGAUCGCCGUGAGCGGAGACCACGUCAACAACAAGAUUUUCUCAAACUGCAGCAAACGCUCCAUCGUGAAGCGUCUGCGGGCGAAAGCACUGACGUGCUUCAAAGAGAGGAACGUCAACGUGUGCGGGAACUCCCGCGUGGAGCCCGGCGAGGAGUGUGAUCCCGGACUGUUGAACAUCAACUCAGACCGCUGCUGCACCGCGGACUGUCGACUACGGCCUGAAGUUCAGUGCAGUGACAGAAACAGCGCCUGCUGCAAACACUGCAGGUUCGAGGCUGAAGGUGAAGUCUGUCAGGAGCCCAUCAACGCCACCUGCAAAGGACACUCCUACUGCACAGGAAACAGCAGCGAGUGCCCGCCUCCAGAGAACGCCAGAGACGAGACGGUGUGUCUGGACAGCGGCGAGUGUGUGAGCGGAGAGUGCGUUCCUUUCUGUCAGGCCGUCCUCCAGCUGCAGCCCUGCGCCUGCAACGAAACCGUCUCCUCGUGUAAAGUGUGCUGUCGGAGCCGCAGUGGCGUGUGCGCCCCCUACCAGGACCAGACGGGCAACUUCCUGUUCCUGCGUAAAGGAAAACCGUGCACUGUGGGCUUCUGUGAUGGCGCCGGUAAGUGCAUGAAGCAGGUUCAGGACGUCAUCGAGCGUCUCUGGGAUUUCAUUGAUAAACUCGACAUCAACACUUUGGGGAAGUUUCUGGCCGACAACAUCGUGGGAUCAGUGGUCGCGUUCUCUCUGCUCUUCUGGGUUCCGUUCAGUAUCCUGGUUCACUGUGUGGAUAAGAAGUUGGACCAACAGUACGAACAAACCACAAAGUCUUUGUUCUUCCCCAGUAAUGCCGAGCUGCUGAGCAGCCUGGAGUCGGCAUCUGUUCGGAUCUUCAAACCUCCAACGUUCCCGCCCACCGCCGCGCUCCGUUUCCACGCCACCGGUCCCCAGCAGACCAGCACCCCGCCGGUCUCUGGCUCCGGCCCCGAUCACUGCCACGCCCCUCCUCUGGACAGCCCCCGCAUGGCGACCAUCCAGGAGGACCCGAGUUUGGACUCACACCUGGACAAGGAGACGCUGGAGGAGGCGUUCGGGCGCCCGGCCGCGGCGACUCAACGGUCCUUCGAGGACCUGACGGAGAAAAAUGUGAUGAGCCGCAGUGAGAAGACGCUUCUGUUCAGACUGCAGAGACAACAUCACAUCAACACCAGGGAGACGCAGUGCUGAGGACACGCCCACUUCAGACCCGCCCUCACUCAAGCCCGAUGUUUAUGUUGAAGAUGAACUGUUACGAUCUCUGCUGCUCCUACAAGUCCCUGAAGGCAUCACCACUGUUUUUAUGUCUGGAUACAGAAUGCCCCGCAGUCUUUAAAUCUAAAUCUUAUACUUAAUCCCCUUAGGGAAUUGUCUCUGCAUUUGACCCAGAACUAGGAGCAGUGGGCUGCUGAGUAGCACCCGGGGAGCAAUUGGGGUUGGGUACCUUGCUCAGGGGUACCCCAGCCCUUUUGACUUGGUGGGGACUUGAAUCGGCGACCCUCCAGUUACAAGUCAAGUUCCCUUUCCACUUGGACACGGGCUGCCUACUCUUUAGAGUUCCUGAAUGCCCCACAGUCUUUAGAGUUCCUGAACGCCCGCAGUCUUUAGAGUUCCUAAAUGCCCCACAGUCCUUUUAGAUCCUGAACGUCCGACAGUCUUUAGAGUUCCUGAACGCCCCACAGUCCUUUUAGAUCCUGAACGUCCCGCAGUCUUUAGAGUUCCUGAACACCCCACAGUCCUUGGAGUUCCUGAACGCCCCACUAUCUUUACAGUUCCUGAAUGCCCCACAGUCCUUUUAGAUCUUGAACGCCCCACAGUCCUUUUAGAACCUGAAAGUCCCACAGUCCCUGGAGUUUCUGAACGCCCCACAGGUGUCCGUUGAUGUAAAUGUUUGAAAAAUUCGGAUGGACAAAGUCAACGUUUUAUUCUUGUAAAAACUAAAGUGUAUUUUCUUAAAUGAAAUGUUUACAUUUCUAAACAAAGGGACCCUGAACACAUCACGUGUUUGUUGUUUAUUUGCCACUCGAGUAAACAUGACUCAGACGCAGAUCAGGGUUGUUUACUUUGCUAAAAUCUUAAAUGUUUUACAACCUCGACCGUGGAGAAAAAACUCAUCUUUACGUGGAAAUGACAACGUUCUCAAACGUCUCGUGUUUUUUUUCCCUUUUAAACCAAAGAUUGAAAAAUGUCACAAAGCGAUUUUCUAAUAUUUGUUAGUCUGAAUCAGUAUUUAGUUUUUGAACGCGUGUCAUGUUUUAAUGUCACUGUGAUUUUCAGAAUAAAAGUCAUUAUAAAAUCUU